AUUUCAUCAAUUUGCAUUUUCACAUCAUUUUUUUUUUCAAAACCUAGAACGACGUACUAGGAUUGCCAGGAUACAUGUUUUGAGGCAUCGAAGGAGAUCAAGAACUCGGAGAAACAGUUUUUCUUUUAAGAAAUCUCUCUAAAUUCAAAAGAUUCUGAUUGGAUUUGCAAACUUCAGCCCAAAUGAAAUAGAAAAAAGGAGUUAAAGUCGAGGUAAUGAACCAAUCAAUCUGAGGUGCCAAUCUCAUGGAGGGCUGCUGAGAUACUUUCUGGGGAUGGACAUACUUACGUACUGCGAUUCGAUUCUUUGGGAGAAAGUGAGUCUCUGGUACAGAGGGUACAUAGGAGCCUUAUCAGACCUUCUCCUCCUCUGGUGCAACAUGCAGAGAGUUGGUUACCUGGUGAUAUUUUGGAGGUAUUUGAUGACUUCUCCUGGAAAGUUGCCAUUGUUGUCCAGGCUCUAAAAGAAGAUCAUUAUUUUGUGAGAUUUGUUGGAUCCUCUCAUGAAUUUUGCAUUCAUAUAUCCUCUAUGAGAAGGAGACUAGCAUGGGAAGGUGGAAGGUGGAAUUGGGUGCCUAAGUAAAAUGGCUGCGAUGUCAUGUGAUGAUGAGACGUACUAUUGAGAUACAAAAAAGAAGGCUAACUGAGGCUUCAGUUAGCAUAUGAUAUGCUCUGUUGGUCAAAUUAAAAGUUGAGAGGGUUCCUACAGGAUGUGGGAAAGUCAAAUCUCAUGAAUUGUCAAAUCCAGUUUGCUACAGGAACACGAGAUUUCCGGUGCCACAACCCGAUUCCUUGGAUAAAUUUCAGGAAGACACUGUAGAGGAAUCUCAAAUACCCCCUUCUAGGUCUCAAAAACGGGCAUUUCUGCACUGCUCAUCAACUACUGAAUCACAUAGACACAUACUGCCCACUCUCAGAACCUACUAGCUCUGGAAACAAAUAGCUAUAAACAAACCGUACUACACAAAACCUUACUGGAAAAGGUAGAUGAUGUUUCUUACCCAAGAGAAACACUGGCUAAAAAACAAAUGUGUGCUUUUAAUAUUAGGUUGACUGGAUAUAACAAAAUGGACAGUUGCUCCUUUUCACCCUUGAAUGACUCUGAUAGUGGUGUUUCAUGCUCUGUUGGUAGUUGUAGUGUUACUAGUGAAUGUCGGGCAGACUUUCCUUUUCAUUUUGUACCAGGUGCGCUUUGUAGUGAUGCAGAGUCAGUUUGUUGUUCUGGAGAUGAGGAGGAAAUUCAUUCUUCCCCUCAUCCUCAGGAAGAGGACUUAGCAGAAAGCAUUCAUAGAUUAGAGUUGCAUGCUUAUCAUAGUACUCUAGAGGCAUUGUAUGCUUCUGGACCCUUAAGUUGGGAACAAGAAACAAUGUUGACAAAUCUUCGCAUCACACUGCAUAUCUCAAAUGAUGAACAUUUGUUGGAAUUAAAGAACCUAAUUUCUGCUAAAUCUUGCAAGUAUUAUGUCAGACAAUAGUUUGUAGCAGUUGGUUCACAUUUGUAAAAGUCAAGGUUUCAUUUUAACAUUGUAUCUUGUAUCUUGGUUAUAAAUUAUCUGAAUAUUUGGAUCAAUAGAUAGCUUUUCCGGCUACGUGAUUAUGUCAUUUUCAUUACUUUAAAGUGUAUAGAAGUAUUUCAAAGAAAUGAAUGUGUGUUUCCAUCCCAUGAUGCAAAUCAUUUUUUAUUAUCUCUUACUUUGCACCGUUGUACCCUAAGUGAGGUGCGAAGCCUAACAAAAAUAUGUUAUUUGCAUCCCACCUGUGCCCCUACUCUAACAUUUGACUUCGCACCCUAAUGUGGUGCAAUAUAAAAAAGUUUUUAGGGGGUGCAAACUCAAGUAUUUGGAUAAACUUGGGUUCUAAUACCAAAUUUCCCUUCCAUUUUUGCCUAUGGAAUGGAUCACAAUCCAGAUAGUCUCUGGCGUCUAUUUCCAUUAUUCAAACAUUUUUUUAUAUAGUGCAGCCAGGAUUGUCUCUUUACAUCCAUGUACUGCGAUUUUCUUUUUUGAUAUAAAGUAUGAGUAUGCAAAUAUGGAGAUCAAUAUCCAUACAAUUUUGCAGCAUAUGAAAUAUACCUUGUAUUAAGUAGCUUAAUAUGACAGUCCCCUGUAUUUACAGGGCUAACGGGUAGAGCCAUAGUGGCAGGUUCUCUUGCUAAGUUGCUAUCAGACUGUUCAUAGGUGAUGCUGGGGUUGGCAGGCAUUCUUAGUGGAAUGACAACAAAUGGAUAAUUCUUGCGUCCAUUUCCCCAUACAUGGCCAAUCCUUGAUAUCGCUUUGUUUUGAUGUGUUUGUUGCCAAUCAUUUGUGUCAGGUUGCAGGUUUCAGAGGAUUUGUAGUAUGUAUACUACUGGAUGGAACCAGAGGUUCAAUAGUUGUGAAAUUGCAUUCUAGUGUUAAGGCACUUGAUACUUUCUCAGAUUAUCAUUGAAGAACCUGCAUUUUCUUUCAAGGUUAAGGCUCCGUUUGUUUCCAGGAAAAUAACUUCUUGUGUUUCUUUUUUUAAAUGAGUUCUGUAGAAAAUUGGAAACGUAAAACUGCUGUAGGAAGAUGCCUUCAAAUGAACUAAAGAACAUUAAAAUAUUUUCCAAUGUCAAACUCAGGAAGUCUUGUUAGGAAAGUGGAAAUUUCACGUGCCAAACAUACGAAAAACUUGAAAAUGCUUUCCUGUAAAUAAAUGCGAAAUGGAGGUUGAAGGUCACAUGUGAAAAAAAUAUCAACAAACUUAUGAACAUAAACAGAUCUUAUUAAGAUCUUAUUAUUAACUUUGUAACCAUGAGAGUUUUUUCUUCAUAUCAUAUUAUUCAUCAUUGCCAUUUAUAUAUGCAAAUAUUGGAGUAAACUUGGGUGCAAAUAACAAUACUUUAUGGACUUUGCACCCCAUAUAUACCUUAAUAUUUGUCUUUGCAUCCCACUGAGGAUGCUAAGUCAAAUAAAAUAUAAUAACAUGGGAUGCAAUGUGAAAUGCUCUGGUAAAAUGCGGUGCAAGCUACACAUUCUCAUCUAUUAACCCUUUAUAAUUGUUGGAAAAAUACAAUGUACCCCUGGAAGUGUGGUGUUUUUUUAGGUUGAAGUGUCAGCUUCAUAUCGAUGAAAUUCUUAAAUCCGGUGAAAAGAUGAGGUAUCUUUAGUAGUUUCAUCACAUCUUACUAGUUGUCUUCUUUGUGUUGGAUCCAAAAUAUUCUUGUUUUCUAUGGCAUUGUUUGCUUAGAGGAAGAGAGCUGGCUAGCCAGUGAAUAUCAUUGGUGACAACUUGGCUUUUUUACAUCAAAAACAGGAUGUAUUUGGAAGAAACCCACUUGCCUUGUUGACAACACUUUUCAUGCAUGACCAGAGCUUUGUUGCCCUUGCAGGAAGACUUAGUGUGGUUGAUGUGAUUUGUGGCACCGUUCUUUGCAAUUUAGUCCAAUUUUAUAAACUGAUAUUCGUUAUUAUAUAUUAUAAUACGUUUUCACAAGUUUUGGUUGAUCAUUGAUUUUGUUAGUACCUGACUACCUGCUGUUUGGUAGUACGGAGUAUUAGUUAAAGAAAGGUUAUUCAUUUAAAUAUGGUGCCAUAAUCUUAUUAUUAUAGUUGGUUGCUGCUAUCAGCUUCAUUGCUGUAAUUAUUAUUUUAUUUUAUUAAUUAAUAUUAUUAUUACUAUUGCUGCU